CGUCUACUCCACUGAAGGACAAGCUUACCGAGCCUCCAAACAAACUACCAGCUGACCCGCAACACCACAGUUGUCGACUCCUCCACCCGGAAAAAAAAGCGCGAGAAGCGACUUUGGCAACCCCGGGGGCGCCAACAUCUCGCGUCGUUGAGUUAAAGUCAAAAUAAAGACAUUUGCACAGAUUUGCACGGAGAAUGGCAGACUCGGCGGCGGCCAACAGCGACGGGGAGGACGGACCCCGCGAGCCCAUGCGGGGCUUCGCGCGCCAGGGAGCCCUCCGCCAGAAGAACGUGCACGAGGUGAAGGACCACAAAUUCAUCGCGCGCUUCUUCAAGCAGCCCACCUUCUGCAGCCACUGCACCGACUUCAUCUGGGGUUUUGGCAAGCAGGGAUUCCAGUGUCAAGUGUGUUGUUUCGUGGUUCACAAACGUUGCCAUGAGUUCGUCACUUUCUCCUGUCCAGGUGCUGAUAAAGGACCUGCAUCAGAUGACCCGAGGGCAAAGCAUAAGUUUAAGAUCCACACCUACUCCAGCCCAACCUUCUGCGACCACUGUGGCUCUCUGCUCUACGGCCUCUUACACCAGGGCAUGAGAUGUGACCACUGUAUGAUGAACAUCCAUAAGCGGUGUGUGGCCAACGUGCCCAGCCUGUGUGGGACAGACCACACUGAGAGGAGAGGUCGGCUCCAGAUCACCGCCGAGGUCAAGACUAAUGUACUCACUGUUACCAUCAAAGAGGGCAGGAAUCUGGUUCCUAUGGACCCCAACGGUCUGUCAGACCCCUACGUGAAGCUCAAACUGAUCCCAGAUCCCCGCAGUGAGAGUAAACAGAAGACCAAGACCAUAAAGUGCUGCCUCAACCCCACCUGGAAUGAGACCUUUAAAUUCCACCUGAAGGAGUACGAUAAGGACCGCCGCCUGUCGGUGGAGGUGUGGGACUGGGACCUGACCAGCCGCAACGACUUCAUGGGCUCGCUGUCCUUCGGCAUCUCGGAGCUCCAGAAACUAGGAGUGGAUGGAUGGUUUAAGCUGCUCUCCCAGGAAGAAGGCGAGUACUUCAAUGUUCCCGUCGCUCCGGAGGGGGAGGAGGGCAACGAGGAGCUACGGCAGAAGUUUGAGAGAGCUAAGAUUGGACCAAGCAAGAACACAGAAGGAAAGUCAGCCAACGCUGCAUCCCGGUUCGACUCCAAUGGCAACCAAGAUCGUAUGAAGCUGGCUGACUUCAACUUCCUGAUGGUGCUGGGAAAGGGCAGCUUCGGCAAGGUCAUGCUGGCAGAGCGUAAAACGACAGAGGAGCUGUACGCUAUAAAGAUCCUGAAGAAGGACGUUGUGAUCCAGGAUGAUGACGUGGAAUGCACCAUGGUGGAGAAGAGAGUGCUGGCGUUGGCUGGAAAGCCCCCGUUCUUAACACAGCUGCACUCCACCUUCCAGAGCAUGGACCGCUUGUAUUUUGUCAUGGAGUACAUAAACGGAGGAGAUCUCAUGUACCAGAUUCAGCAGGUCGGGAAGUUCAAAGAGCCCCAUGCUGUGUUCUAUGCUGCGGAGAUAGCCAUUGGCCUGUUCUUCCUUCAUCUAAAGGGCAUCAUCUACAGAGACCUGAAGCUGGACAAUGUGAUGCUGGACUGUGAGGGUCACAUUAAGAUAGCAGAUUUUGGCAUGUGUAAAGAAAAUAUGAAUGACGGAGUCACCACCAAGACCUUCUGUGGAACACCAGACUACAUAGCUCCUGAGAUCAUUGCCUACCAACCUUAUGGAAAAUCUGUGGACUGGUGGGCCUUUGGAGUAUUGCUGUAUGAGAUGCUGGCUGGACAGCCUCCAUUUGACGGUGAAGAUGAGGAUGAGUUAUUUCAGUCCAUUAUGGAGCAUCACGUCUCCUAUCCCAAGUCAAUGUCCAAGGAGGCUGUCGCUAUCUGUAAAGGGCUGAUGACGAAGCAUCCAGCGAAACGACUGGGCUGCGGUCCGGAGGGGGAGAGAGACAUCAGGGAGCAUAGCUUCUUCCGCUACAUGGACUGGGAGAAACUGGAGAACAAGGAAGUGCAGCCGCCAUUCAAACCUAGAGCUUGUGGACGGGAAGCGGAGAACUUUGAUCGUUUUUUCACACGCCAUCCGCCGGUGCUGACCCCUCCCGAUGAGGAAGUGAUUCAGAACCUGGACCAGGACGAGUUCCAGGGAUUCUCCUUUAUCAACCCAGAGUUCCCAGGAACUGCUGCUACCACCCCUGCCGCCGAGCAGGCUUGAUUUCAGCUCAUGCACGGACACAUGGACACACACACACAGACACAAACAUAUACAUAAUCAUUUUGCCCAUUAUCGACCCUGUGUGCCCUGGAACAUACACACACACACACACACACACACACACAUACACAUACAUAUCAACUUUAAAUAUCCUGGAAAUGAUUUGUGUUGUUACCAGAAGCCAUGACUUCAACUGAUACACAAUAACAUGUACACAAAGAUUUGUUGUUCACAAUCCAAAUGAUGAGUCAUUGACUGUCUCCAAGCUUUGUUUUUAAGAAACAAGAAGCUUGGACGUGUGAUUCACCACAACACGGUUGAAUUACUCAGUGUGAACAAAGUGUUUUCUUUACCAGACCUUGUCAGAAUAAGGAUUAGAAUUUAAAGCUGGGAUAGGCAGUUUUAUUUUGGCAUCAAUGGGUAAAAAUCCCAUAAUACCCAUUCACAAGAGUGGUUAAAUGGUCUAAAAAAACUUCAGCCAAUCACAGGUCAUUUCAGAGAGAGGGUGUUCCUAUUGGCUGUUCUACAAAUGCAGUUGUGUAUGCACGACUCUUUCUCAGAUUAUGAAAGUCUGAUUUAGUAGCGGUAAAUAUUGUAGAAAAAAGUUUUAGCAUUGACAACAACUGCAAAGCAACCCCCAUAAAAAAGAGAAUCUACAGGAGAGUCUGACAAUAAACGCAAUAUAAACAUGUCAGUGUCAGCAAAGUGUUUCUGAGUUGGAGGGACAUGUUGCUAUUAGUUUAGCCUUCUGUUACCAGUAGCCAAGCUGUAAUUCUCACAGAAUCAACCAUAUUCACAUGGCAGCCAUUUCUUACGUCUUAUUCAGGGUGAGAAAAAAUAGUCAGUCAGCUAGUUACGGUGAAGUGGUCCAAAUAUUUGACUUCUGUACCACAGGUAAGUGUUGAGCAGAUACAUCUGUAGAGUGAAUUGCAGCUAUAUAAAAACAUCUGGAUCACAGUCACUGAGGGAUUAUGAGAAUUAAUGACUGGGACUCAUAUAGGGUGCUGUGUGAAGCAUCUGUCCAUACCUGUGCUCGUCUGGUCAAGGCUUAGAGGGGAGAGAACUGCAAGAAAAAGGCCUGUUUUGCAAAUCCAGGUAGCUAUUUUUUUUGUUUUUUGUUUUUUUUUUGGAGGGGGGGUGUUGCCUUUUCAAGAAAACUGCUUACCCCAGCUUUAAUGCUGACCUUUAAAUGUUCAUAAAAGCCCCACUUUGAAAUGAAAAAUAAAAAAUGUCACAAAUGGAGUAAAUUUACAGCCUAACUACAGAUUUGUAGUCAUUCAUGAUUCCUCCAACACACACACACACACACAUACACACAUACACACAACAGCAUACUUAACAUGUAACAUAGCUUCAGCAUUCCAUUUUAUUCCUUUUUUUUUUUUUGGUGGAAAUUGUGAUUGAAAAUUUUCUUUUACUCAUUCAUCGACUAUUCCAGCGCAUUCUGUACUUUUCUGGUGUGCUUUUUAUUCAAUGUAUAAUAAUAAUAAUAAUAGUGUCUGUACGUUUAUCCUUAUCUUAGCUAAAACUGGAAUGCUUUACAUACUUGUGCAUGAGUUUAUAUAUCAAUAAUAGCUCUGGACUUUGUCUCCCAGCAGCAUUUUGACAUCUUAUCUCUCAAUUGUGUGGCUGCUUUUCAUGGUCUUCAAAAUAUGUAUUGAAAAAAAAGAUAAUUGGUGUUUGAGUUCACCCAUCGAGAUAGCGGAAGAUUUGUGGCACAAAUAUCAGAUUUUCUAUGUGUCUUACUUGCUGUUCAGCACUGGGAUCACGAUGGUAAAAUGCUGUUUGGAAAUGUAGUCUUUAUAUAGGCUUUGAGUCACUUGAAUAGAUAGAUUAUACUACUUCUUAUACUCUCAUUUUCAGUUAUCUAGUAUAUAAGCAAUGGAAGAGACUAGCAGUUAGUUUCUUUGUGUUUUGCGAAAGCAUGAUUCAGAUACCUGGGAUUUGUUUACAGCGUAUGUGUGUGCACAUGUAUGUUUUAUAUGUGUGCGAACGAGUACUAUGUAUGAAAACGCAUGUUUGCGUUUGCAGUUUUCUGUGUGUGUCGAUACCUUGUCUGGCCUUGUGUUUACAUUUGUUUGUAUUGUGGAUGUCUGCCCCCCCCUCACAUCAAGCAGUAUUGGUAUGAUCCACUUUAUAUCUCCACAAAUAGAAAAGAUGGAAGUAGAGGAAAGAGGAUGCAUGAUACUGAGAUUAGCAAAUAAGUAUAAAAGUGAUCCUAGAGAAAGUUUGUCUUAAUGAAAGCUAUGUGCAGGUUAGUGUUUUAAACUUUGUGUUUGAAUCAUCAUUGAUGUUAAGUCCACCUCAGUAGUUCCUGGAAAGCAAAAACUCAGAUAUUUCCUUUGGCCUGAAUAUUAAAAUUUAACCCAGAUUCCUGCUUUCCAAAUGCAGGUCAAGUACCUGAGCAUCCUAAAAAAGUUCCUCGGCCUGGGAAAAGUUUCCACAGUAGAAAAAAGGCCACUGGCUGGAUUUCAAACAGCAGACCAAUAUGUCAUGCAGCUCUACUUUUCUGAUCUAGUUUUUUGGUUAUGAAGGGAAGGAUUUGAGGUCCGAUUUACUGUGACUGGUGUUUUUUCAAGUAGCCAUCUGCGUGCACAAUAAGUAUUUACAUCCAAACUACAGCAGUGGCAAAGAGGACACAGGUGAAAGCUUCAAAAGCAGGAACAUGUGUGUGUGUUUUGUCUCGUGUUCCCUAGCUAGCAAUAAUCUUGUCAACAGGAAGGCAGAAUUGGUACUGAACCAUCCUUCAGAAGGGUCCAGUUAAAGGUCAAUUCAUAUCUAACAGGUUAUGAUGUUGAUUAAUGGAGAAAGAAACACGGCUGUACCUUAUAAACUUCAGUGCAGCUAACAUUGCGUGGAACUGCCUCCACAUCUAUCAUAGAAGGAGAUCUGGGGAGGUUUUUUAAGCACAGUGUUUAGCAGUAGUGGCAUGAAGUGAAAGAGUUUCUGCAGGUGAAGCAUAAUAAUGCUACAGUUAAUUGUCUGUUAUCUCUUUAAUGCAAACAGAAACGUUGGUGUUUUUACAGCGUUAGUUCAGAUUCAACAAAGUCACACAAUGACAUGAACAAAGGAACUGAUGGAGGCAGUGACAGACCUGUAAAAUGACUGUUUCUGCUAAAGGAGUCUGGUGGCUUUUGACAAAAACAAAGAAUAGCUUCAGUUACCUCUGCAUAAACUUAAACAGGACUGUUUGACAGCAGUGUAAAGCCAAGAAAUAUUCUUAUCAUAGCGUACACUCAAAGUGACACUGACACUUUUUGCUGCUGCCCUCAUCCAUAGCAGUACAUUGUUUAGCAUCAGUGUCGGUACUCCUGCCUGCUUCUCCAAAGUGGUGGUGUGGCAACUACCGUCUACUGUAGGUAACACACUGACUAUGGAUAAGAACCUCAUACAACCUCAUAAAAAUAAAAAUAAACUGUCCCUUUAAUGCAGAAGGCAGUGGGUAUUCACAUACAGUUGUUCGACAGCUACAGUUAUAGAUUCUCCAGACGGUUUGAUUUUGAUAAUUAACCCUCUGAGCCCCAGGCCGUUUCAGUGCGUUUUUUUUUUAACAUUUUAAUCACUGUGGCCUUGUUUUUCAUUUCAGUAAAUAUAAGUCCUGCACCUCUAUGGAAUCAGCACAAUCAUGGCUAGAUGUGGAAAUAACUCAAAAAUGUCUUUUGUGCACUAGAACACUGUUAUAAUACCAUACAUCAUUUUAAAAAAAAGCAUACCUGAUAAGUUAGUAUUUUUUAAUUGGAAUAAUUAAUAUUUAUAGAUACAACACUUUUCCAAGUGCCAUGAAUAUUAAAACAAAAUGGCUCUCUACAUGCUAUACAUAUUGGAACUAUUUUCUUUUUUACAACCUCUCCUAAAUCAUGUUUUUACAGUUUCUUGCUACGAUAAACUGUGUCAUUUUGCAGAUCUUUUCAAGAAAACAUACUUUUCAAACUCGCCGGCAGGAUGGUGGGAUUCAGAGGGUUAAGAGUUAAAAAAAAACCUGAAAUAUUUAAAGAUAAUUUUUACAGGACACUGGCGAUUUGUGCUCUGCUUCCUGACAAGUAGGCCAGAUGGUGAAUGUUUAGCAGAAAGCAGAGGGAGCAGAGGCCUGAUCCCUGAUUGGUGAUUGCAGAAUUCAGAUUGGAAGGCCUUACACUGUGGAUUUCAAAGUUCUCCUUUAGUUGCCUCAUCACUGAUCUCAAUACAUUCACACACAGCCCCUGUAAUGCAUGCUCGCAUUAUGCUUUAGGGUUGGCAUUAAAACCUGCUCUAUGGACUGAUUUGACAUUUUGAUUGGGUGAAAGGAGUUUAGGGACACAUCUGGGUAACGUUGUUCCUGUCUGUUAUCUCUUAUACUUAUACUGAUGAGUUCAGCACAGAAGAGUGAAAGUAAACGCAACGGCUGUGUUUUUAUCACUUCAAGCUAUAUCUGUGUCCAUUAUCUGUGUCGUACCUCCAGUGUCGGUAUUUAUUACGGUCAGUGUCUCAUGUAUUAUAACAACAACAAAUAGCUAUAUAUACUUAUACAUAAACCUAUAUAUAACUGUGUCAAAUGUUAAUAUUUACACCAUGUGGUCAGUAUUGUAAAGGAAAAGAGGAGGUGAAGUCUUAAUCCAGGAUUUGUGUUUUUGUUUCUAUGAUUCCUUCCUGCUGAAGGAGAAGCAAAAUGAACUCUGCAUGAACAAAUGCUUUUGUUUUACCUUUAUUAGUUAGGAUUUAUAUACAGUACAUUUAACAUAAUAGGCUGAUUCAUGUUUUCUGUGUCUGCAUUGCUUCAAAAGUGUGAUCCAAGCUACUGUUGUGCGUGAAAAUAAUACAUCUAAAAGAAAAAAACAACAGAAAAAAAGCUUGCAAUGCUUUCCAUGUGCCAAAAU